CAACAUAGAAAAUGAAUACCAGAUAUUCUUUUAUGAGAAGAUUUAUUUGAAACAAUCUAAAUAUUUUUCCAUCUGUUGGACCCAGCAUGGCAGGAUUCAAGCGAGGAUAUGAUGGAAAGAUUGCUGGCUUAUAUGAUCUGGAUAAAACAUUGGGGCGAGGUCAUUUUGCAGUGGUUAAACUUGCCAGACAUGUCUUUACAGGUGAAAAAGUGGCAGUGAAAGUUAUUGACAAGACAAAAUUGGACACUUUAGCCACUGGUCAUCUUUUCCAAGAAGUGAGAUGCAUGAAACUAGUGCAGCAUCCCAACAUUGUACGUCUUUAUGAAGUUAUUGACACCCAGACCAAACUGUAUCUUAUUCUAGAACUUGGGGAUGGAGGAGAUAUGUUUGAUUAUAUAAUGAAACAUGAAGAGGGCCUUAAUGAAGAGUUGGCCAAGAAGUACUUUGCACAGAUAGUUCAUGCUAUAUCUUAUUGCCAUAAACUGCAUGUAGUUCACAGAGAUCUAAAACCAGAGAAUGUAGUCUUCUUUGAAAAGCAAGGUCUUGUAAAGUUGACAGACUUUGGUUUCAGCAACAAAUUUCAACCAGGGAAGAAACUCACUACGAGCUGUGGGUCUCUUGCUUAUUCUGCUCCAGAAAUUCUUCUUGGUGAUGAGUAUGAUGCCCCUGCAGUCGAUAUAUGGAGCCUGGGAGUCAUACUUUUCAUGCUGGUGUGUGGGCAGCCACCCUUUCAAGAGGCUAAUGACAGUGAGACAUUGACAAUGAUCAUGGAUUGCAAAUACACAGUCCCAUCUCAUGUGUCUAAAGAGUGCAAAGAUUUGAUCACACGGAUGCUGCAGAGAGAUCCCAAGAGAAGAGCCUCUUUAGAAGAGAUCGAAAAUCAUCCUUGGCUUCAGGGCGUGGACCCUUCACCAGCCACCAAGUAUAACAUCCCACUUGUGUCCUACAAGAAUCUCUCAGAAGAGGAGCAUAACAGCAUCAUUCAGCGCAUGGUUCUCGGGGACAUAGCUGACCGCGAUGCUAUUGUAGAGGCCCUGGAGACAAACAGGUAUAACCACAUCACAGCCACUUACUUCUUGCUGGCAGAAAGGAUCCUGAGAGAAAAGCAAGAAAAAGAAAUACAAACCAGAUCCGCAAGCCCUAGCAAUAUCAAGGCCCAGUUUAGGCAGUCAUGGCCGACCAAAAUCGAUGUACCCCAGGACCUGGAGGAUGACCUCACGGCCACUCCUCUGUCCCACACGACCGUCCCUCAGUCUCCUGCUCGGGCGGCUGACAAUGUUCUCAACGGCCACAGGAGCAAAGGCCUGUGUGAGCCGGCCAAGAAGGACGAGCUCCCCGAGUUGGCCGGACCGGCACUCAGCAUGGUUCCACCUGCAAGUUUGAAGCCCACAGCCAGCGGCCACAAGUGUCUGUUCCGCGUGGAAGAAGACGAGGAGGAGGACGAGGAGGACAAGAAGCCCAUGUCCCUCUCCACUCAGGUGGUUCUGCGCCGGAAGCCCUCGGUGACCAACCGCCUCACCUCGAGGAAAAGUGCUCCCGUCCUCAACCAGAUCUUCGAGGAGGGGGAGUCGGACGACGAGUUUGACAUGGAUGAGAACCUGCCGCCCAAGCUGAGCAGGUUGAAGAUGAACAUUGCCUCGCCAGGCACUGUGCACAAACGCUACCACCGGCGGAAAAGCCAGGGCCGGGGCUCCAGCUGCAGCAGCUCUGAGACCAGCGACGAUGACUCUGAGAGCCGCCGGCGGCUCGACAAGGACAGCGGCUUCACCUACUCCUGGCACCGCCGGGAUAGCAGCGAGGGACCUCCUGGCAGCGAGGGCGAUGGCGGGGGCCAGAGCAAGCCAAGCAAUGGCAGCACCGGGGCGGACAAGACCAGCCCCAGUGAGAACAAUGCAGGAGGGGGCAGCCCCGCCAGCGGCUCAGGGGGCGGCAACCCCACCAACACGUCGGGCACCACGCGCCGCUGUGCCGGGCCUGCCAAUUCCAUGCAGCUGGCCUCACGCAGUGCCGGAGAGCUGGUGCAGAGCCUCAAAUUCAUGAGCUUGUGCCUAGGCUCCCAGCUCCACGGGGGCACCAAAUACAUCCUCGACCCCCAGAAUGGCCUGUCGUUCUCCAGCGUGAAAGUCCAGGAGAAAUCUGCCUGGAAAAUGUGCAUCAGCUCGGUGGGAGGCGCAGGGCAGGCCCCUGCAGUGGGUCCCGUCAAGUUCUUCUCUGACCAUGUGGCCCACACAGCUACUGAGUUAGAGCGGCUAAAGAGCAGGAACCUGAAAAAUAACGUGCUGCAGCUACCUCUGUGCGAAAAGACCAUCUCUGUGAACAUCCAGCGGAACCCUAAGGAGGGGCUGCUGUGUGCCUCCAGCCCAGCCAGCUGCUGCCACGUCAUCUGAUCCCGGCCCUGCCCGGCCUGGCCCCCCAGCACAUGUCCUGCUCCCAAGCCCCAGUGGCCUGGAUCACUUCACCGCUUCGUUCUGGGUUUAACCACCAUAGAGUGGGCUUUCGGAGCAAUUAUUUAUUUUGUUGUCAUUCGUUCGCUUGACGAUGUGACCAUGCAUGGUCUUUGUGCAUGCUGCUAGCACCACUUUUAAUUUGUUUUUGUUCCAGCUGAAAAGUCUGUUGUGUCAAUCUAACCUAUAUAGUUUUCAUGUGGCUGAUCAGGAUUCAAUUAAAAUAUCGAUUUGGAACCUAACAGAAAUGGAGCACUUAUAAAUUUGAUGUCCUGCACUUAACCUAGAGCAAGGAGGACUCAAAAA